UUGUUUUGAUGACGCAAUUACGCACAGCAGUGCUUUUUUGCGUCACCUCAGAGACGGCAGUUAAUGGAGUAAUGCGGUCACGCCAAAACGAUAAUGUUAGUGACAAACGAGGCUUUAGCGGAUUUAAACCGGAUUUAUUAAAAGCGUGGUAGUGCAUCGGGUGCAGAUACAUGGUAUCAGACUACCAUGACCGCAGAAGCAUUGGUUCAUGCGCAGGAAUUGGCUCGUGUGCAGCUGACUCGCCGUGUCAACACAAAGGCCUAUGUAGCUUGUUAGCUAGUUCACCAGCUAGCUAGCUUUAACGCCACAUCAGCUGUUAGCAAAUUGACAGGCGUGGCAUUUUAAUGUUUUUACUGUAACUCAGUUAAUCUGCUCUGCCUUCAAGACAACAUUGACGUGUUUGUUGCUUUUCUGCGGUAAUGGCGGAACAGGGUGCGGUGGUCAUGCAGCAGAAUUUGGACAGGAGCUGCUGGGUGUGCUUCGCCACAGACGAGGACGACCGCACAGCAGAGUGGGUGCGCCCGUGUCGCUGCCGCGGCUCCACCAAGUGGGUCCACCAGUCCUGUCUACAGCGUUGGGUGGACGAGAAGCAGCGGGGGAACAGCACGGCACGCGUGGCCUGCCCACAAUGCAACGCUGAAUACCUCAUCGUCUUUCCCAAACUGGGUCCCGUGGUCUAUGUGUUGGACCUGGCCGACCGGCUCAUCUCUAAGGCGGGCCCCUUCGCUGCUGCAGGCAUCAUGGUGGGCUCCAUCUACUGGACCGCCGUCACAUACGGAGCCGUCACGGUCAUGCAGGUGGUGGGCCAUAAGGAGGGUCUGGAUGUCAUGGAGCGGGCCGACCCUCUGUUCCUGCUCAUCGGCCUGCCCACCAUCCCCGUCAUGCUGAUCUUGGGCAAGAUGAUCCGCUGGGAGGACUACGUGCUGCGUCUGUGGAGGAAAUACUCCAACAAGCUGCAGAUCCUCAACAGCAUCUUCCCAGGGAUUGGCUGCCCUGUCCCCCGCAUCCCGGCGGAGGCCAGCCCCCUGGCGGACCACGUCUCUGCCACGCGCAUCCUGUGCGGCGCGCUGGUCUUCCCCACCAUUGCCACCAUCGUGGGGAAGCUCAUGUUCAGCAGCGUCAACUCCAACCUGCAGAGGACCAUCCUGGGAGGAAUAGCCUUCGUGGCCAUCAAGGGGGCGUUCAAGGUCUACUUCAAGCAGCAGCAGUACCAGAGACAAGCCCACCGCAAGAUCCUCGACUUCCCCGAGCAGGAGGAGGCCUGAGGGGGGAGGGGGGACAAACAGUUGGACAAAACAGACUGAAUCAGUGUCACCCCUUAUCCUCCCUUCAACUCACUGGAGUGACGUUCAGCUGUAUUUAAACUGCUGACGCUGCGGUGGUGGAGGAGGAGGAGGAGGAAGAGCCUGACUGUCAAUAACUAAUACUUAUUGUAACAUAACUGUAUUUUAAAGAUAAAUAAUGUGGGGCAUGUGUAAUUAAAUACUUUUAUAAUUAUAAUGAAUGAUUUAUGAUUAUUUGAGAUUUCACAAAGGUGGAGGAAUAAAGUCAGAGCGGUGUCGAAUGUAUCCUGCUGCAGGAGAUAUGAAUCCUGAUGCCGCCAUAAACUAAUGUCUAACCCCCGCCUUACGUGAGGAGCAUUUGAUUUCUCUCAUGCCUUGGCCGUGUUCAGCUUUACAAACGCCGAGUUCGGUCGGAGCCCGUCGCCCUGACGCUGUACCUAACAGAUGGGUGGAUAUUAUGGACACUUGUUGGCUUUUUAAAGAGACCGGGUUUUGGAAUGAAAGCAUCUCUGAAGCUUCGGAGGAUUCAUUUACUGAGAUGAACAGUGUGGACCUGAUCCCGGGUCAGACUGAGGAAGUUGUAAGUGGACCCGGACUCUUGUUAAUUGAAAAGGACUCACUGGGCGGGUUGACAUUUUGGUAGGACACGUAAAAGAAAUUAAAGGGUCGUUGCAACCAAAUGAAUAAAGCCAUAUUUUCUCACUCCAGAUUUAUUUUCAACUCGGUCUACCUCAAUGCCUUUUCAUGGUUGUGUGGAAGCCUUUAGAGGCAAAAGAUGAGUCUGAUAUAAAUAGUUUUGUGCUCAUGAUGUAUAUGUAGGAAAACAUCUGUAAUGGGUGGGGGGGAAAGCUAAGCCAAGCUCGGUUAAAAAGAUGUAAGGAAUGUAUUCAGUUAAAAAAGAAAGCUUCUACACUCAAAGGGGAAUAUCAGUUCUGAUUGGUCAGUGCUUUUGUUUUAAUGCUCCUACUAAAUAAGAGCAUUGAGGUCACAGUGAAAAUAAAACCUGGACAAAUAGUGUGAAAAUAUGUCUUCUAUAGCAUUACACAAAGUAUAGUUCUAUAAGUGUGUUUUAGAUCAUGUGAUUUCACUUUGUGUGGUUUGUGCACAAUCUAACUGCCGUUUCCUGCCUCAGAGGAGCUGCAAACAUCAGUGUGUGACGGAGUGAUGUUCAGUCCUGUGUAUUUAACGUGCACACACUGCUUCACACCUCUGCUCCUCCAGUCGAUCCACCAUCACUCUCCACUCUGCCAAACCAGACUUCCUGUCAUGGUGUCGGUUUGUGUGAAUAAACGUAUUUUUUCCAAGUGCA